AUGCCCAUUCGUCUCAUGAAGCUUCCGGAAAUGAAGCUGGUGGAGAGGGGGGCGAUAGUAGACUAUCUCUCCGAGAAACUCGAAAAAGCGAGGCAAAAACCUGCAGAGAUCUUUGGGUGUCUUAAAUGGAACGAGCCGUGGCUUGAAGUCUCCGAGAAUUCUCGCGAGAAGACAUUACAGUUAGCUCUUAACGAGUGGAUCAAGAAAGCGACACGAUUUGCCAUCCUCUCUCAUACAUGGGAAAAGGAAGAAGUCACCUACAACGAUUUCACAGAAAAUCGCCACUUCAACAAAGCGGGGAACACAAAGCUCAAACAAUUCUGUCGAGUGGCGUACCAGAAAUAUGGCAUCGAGUUCGCAUGGGCGGAUACAGUCUGCAUCGACAAGUCCAGUAGCGCAGAACUAGACGAAUCGAUUCGUUCGAUGUUUGCGUGGUAUCGCAACUCGGCAGUUUGUAUCGCUUAUCUGGCCGAAAGCAUGACGAUUGGAGAUAUGGAACAUGACAGAUGGUUCACUAGGGGGUGGACACUUCAGGAGCUCCUCGCACCGCAGCAGUUCAAGUUCUACAGAAAGGACUGGGAGCCACUCACUGAUCUUCCGGACGAUAAGGGAAGGGAAAUUGGAUUUUUACCUUCCCACUUGGUGCAGCAGCGCCAGCAGCUCCGAGAUACUGUCGCCCGUGUGACCGGCAUGGCUUAUCACGAAUUCACCGACUUUCUACCUGGAGCAUUUGGAAAUUACGUCGCGGAGCGUAUGACAUGGAUCGCUAAACGAAAGACGACCAGAGGGGAGGACAAGUCGUAUUGUAUGAUGGGUAUAUUCGGGGUUAGCAUAUAUAUUGCGUAUGGAGAGGGGUCGCAGAGCGCGUUCUUCAGGCUCUUCAAGGCUAUUUUGGAUGUGACCAACAACCCCCUGCUGUUCAGGUGGAUAGGCCUGGCCACGAACGCUCAUCCCUCACGUCUGAUUCCUUCAUCUGCAGAGUGUUAUCCACCAUUCGUUCCGACAAACGAUUUGAUAUCGCCCUUUGAGGGGGAACCUGUCACGCUCACGAGCGCAGGGAUGCGCAUAGAGCUGCUGAUCGUCCCCGUUAAAACUCGGCUCUGCGAGGAUCCAGACCAGCAAUGGACGCACCAAUUCGACUGCUGUCUAUCGGAAGCACCUAUCAGAGCGUCGAUUAUCCGCACCAACUUUGUUUUCAACAACAGCUUCGGGUUGCCGCCUUCCGGAGGCCGGUUCGCGUUCGGAAUCCCGUUUGACAACCAUAGCAUACAUCCGCUGUCGAAGGAGCCAUGGGCACUGCUGUUGUUCAAGCCCGCUUGGGAGAGCAAUCCGAUCUGGGAGAAGAUAAUGACGAAGGACAUCCUCUUGUUUGAAUGUAUGGAAAGAUUUCGAGAGAUGGACGUUCAUGCUUUGAAGGGAGUGGAGAUAGCUCGUGAGAUUUGGGGAAGAGAACUUGAGGAGGAGGCUCCGACAAUUACACUUGAGACCCCAUACCUGUGA